AUGCUAGAGCACUCCCAACCUCUCCGGAGAGCAUCAGUAAGUCCUCACUGUGACCUUUCUCUGCCGCGCACAACUACAGGCCAGGCCAUCACAAAGAUGACUGCAAAAGCAGAGCUCUCAAACUGGCCGGAGUACCCGGAGGAGUUUAACCUGCUACAGCAACGGAAUUUGACCCAAAUCAACCCCAAAACUUGGAUUUCUUCUCCUUCUCUCCAUGCGUUCUCCAGGACGCACGGAGCCGUAGACGCAGCCGUGUCCUUGGAGAAACUUACGCCAAUGCAUAAACUUCCUGAGUGUAUAUCUGUGCCUGGCAUGUCAGAGACAGACUCCAACAAAGCAACGGGAGGAAAGGUGAGCCCCUUCGGUCCCCAGAAACACCGGCGAGUCGCAGCUAAUGCCCGGGAAAGGAGGAGGAUGCACGGCCUGAACAAAGCGUUUGACGAGCUGAGGAGCGUUAUCCCUUCACUGGAAAACGAAAGAAAGUUGUCCAAGUAUGACACCCUGCAAAUGGCGCAGAUUUACAUCACUGAACUGUCUGAGCUCCUGGCCGGUGUGGUUCACCCAGAGUGCAGAAGUCCAGGAUCAGCAGAGAAACCCCCCAGAAGGAGCCUGAUCCACUCCAUCCUACCAUCAACAGGACAGCCGCCGAAUCAAGUGAGCGGAGAGCAGCGAGACCCCUGCGCUUCAAUCGGCCACCUUUUGAUACUGGGACCUACACCUGACAUGGCAUCAGAUAAAUCAACGAGCUCCUCUACCAGCAGUGAUGGAGAAUCUUCACACCUCAGUGACUUGGAGGAGAGUCAGAGCAGUAGACAGUGA